CCGUAACAUGGGGUAACUUUGUCUCUGGGUGGUAACUUUGGCCCACCGUUGGAAUUUUGAAUACUUCUGUGUGUUGUGAUAAGACAUGUGACUAUUAUCAAUGUGUUGUAGUGGUUUUCGAUAGUAUACAACACUGGUAACCGAAUGUGAUAACAGUUUUUAUCGUUAUCACUCGUGUUGCUAUCAAAAAAAAUUUGUUUGUAUUCACGUGUUUUCAACGGAAAAAAACCACGUCUCAAAACUUUUGUUUGAUUUGAAGUUAAAGAAUCGUCUUUUUUUUCGUAAACGAUGCCGCGUAAUCCAAAAAGAUCGCUAGGUACGAGGGCGUAUGCAAACUAUACGCCGGCAACGUUACAGGCAUGUCUAAGAGCUAUAAAGUCCAAACAAAUGACACAACGUAAAGCUUCCGAACACUACAAGAUACCUAGGUCAACCAUAAAGAAUAAACUAAAAGUAUUGCACAGUAAUAGUGUUGGGCAUCCCACAGCAUUUACUCCCGCCGUGGAAGCUAGCUUCGCACAGCAUUGCAUGAAACUUGCCGAUUUUGGUUUCCCAUUAAUCCCUUCGGACCUUAAGAUGUGUGUAACUCGUUACUUAGAUUGUAAGGGAGUUCGAGUUUCUCAAUUUACUAACAAUAUUCCGGGUGAUGACUGGAUUCGCGGGUUCUUAAAAAGAAAUAAAGAUUUAUCGUUGAAAGUCAGUGCAAAUAUUAAAAAAAGUCGUGCGAACAUCACAACUGACGAUAUAAAUGAUUAUAUGGACCGGUCGUAUCACAAAAAUGUCCAAUGAAGGCCCAACUGUGGACUGUAUGGAGAAGCUUUCAAAGCAGUGGAGGUGGCCCGCGAAGAAAGACUGCAUUGACUAUGAGUGGCACGACGUCAUAGCAAAAAUAAAUCCGCCGCUUUUGCGCAAACGCAAUUUUUUUAUUGUACCAGAAUUAAAUGACUAUGUGUAAUAUGUUAUAUUAUUAUAUUAUUUAACUUCUGUAAUUAAAACAUACAUUUAGUAUUUUUUUUUUUAUUAUUUAAUACAUAUAUGUAUUUAAGGUGUAAUAAAAAAAUUAAUUUCCUUAAACUGGCUGUUUUAUUCGUUAUUUUCGCUUGUUUUACCCCCAAAAUUGGUUUAAUUGCUUUCUAGAAACUUGCUGAUUAAUUUGACAUAGCCUAACUUUGGCCCAAAGAAGCAGGGAGGGCAGAUAUAUAAAGAUAUUGGAGGUGAGUUAAAGUUACCCCAUUGCCGGGUAACAUUGGCCCAAAUUUUUGAAUAGAUUUUUUAAAGUUAAAAAACGAAAAAAAUUAAAAUUAGAUAUCACAGAAGGCAUGUCUAAGCACACACAAUUAUGUACGUAUUUUUUUUUUUUUUUUUUUUAAGUGCAACCUACCUAAAAUUAGCCCUAAAGUUUAAAAAUGCUGAAAAAUGGUACAAAGUUACCCCAUGUUAC